CUGAAUGCGCACUUCCCAACCUCAACCCUUCUAUCCCAGCCCGUGCCUCUAGCUGCAUACAUUCAGAACUCGGUGACCGCAGCGAGAAUGGCAAAGCCGCAGUACUUGACCGGCGACAAGGCUGGUAUCGAUGCCUUCAUAGACAAAUUCGACACGUUUCUCUUUGACUGCGAUGGCGUGCUUUGGUCUGGAGAUCAUCUCUUCCCCAAUGUGCCUCAGACGAUCGAUAUGCUGCGAAAGAAAGGCAAGCAGCUCGUGUUCGUGACAAACAACAGCACGAAAUCACGCAGCGACUACAAGAAGAAGUUUGACAAAGUCGGAAUCACUGCAAGUGAACAAGAAGUCUUCGGGUCGAGCUACAGCGCAGCAAUCUACAUUUCACGCAUCAUGAAGCUGCAAGCACCGAGGAACAAGGUCUUCGUCCUUGGUGAAUCGGGCGUAGAGCAAGAAUUGAAGAGCGAGAAUAUCCCGUACUGCGGCGGCACAGACCCGGCAUAUCGACGAGACAUGACAGAUGCCGACUUCAAGGGCAUCGCUGAUGGCUCAGGGCUUGACCCUGACGUCGCGGUGGUCCUCACUGGCCUCGACUUUCACCCCAGUUAUUACAAGUACUCCCUCGGAUUUGCGUACGUUCGCAAAGGCGCCAGGUUCCUCGCAACCAACAUCGACUCUACCCUUCCAAACGCCGGAUCAUUGUACCCUGGUGCGGGCUCUAUGAGCGCUCCGCUUGUUUCAGCAGUAGGGAAUGACCCUCUGUCACUCGGCAAGCCAAGUCAAGCCAUGAUGGAUGCUGUUGAGGGCAAGUUCCAAUUCGAUCGCAAAAAGGCCUGCAUGAUUGGCGACCGUCUCAACACCGACAUUGAAUUUGGCAUCAAGGGCGGGCUGGGAGGCACUCUUGCUGUGCUUACAGGUGUCACCAAGAAAGAGGAUUUCCUAGCUGAAGGCGCUCCAGUCGUGCCGAGCGCGUACGUCGAUCAGCUUGGAGAUCUUCUUGGCUAAAAGAGAAUGACAAGCAAAGUGAAGGCUCAUGAUAGAAGUUUGCUAUAGACCCGAAUACUGAUAGAUGAUUACAUUGCAUGCAGAUCACAUUCUG